AUGUGUGCAAUCACUCAUGGCCAAGAAUAAAAAUUGAGCUUGCUAGAACAGAAAAUUGAGAAAGAUAUUAAAACUAAACUGAGAUAUCUUGUGAUUACAUGCAUUGAUCCUAUCGAGGCAGCUAGAUUACCCAGUAAAGAUUUAAGAAUUCAGAUAACUAAGAUUAAAGGUCCGGUAUUUACUGCUGCCAAAGGUCAAAAAGGUAUUUCAGAGGGACCAUUUGCUGAUGAAUGGCUGUCUAAGUUAAUGGGUAAAAACGUAUUUUUGCUCAGAUCAGCUACAGACUAUGUUAAGAAUGUACCAGACUGCAAGAUUAUUCCAAAAAAAAUUCAAGGAGGUCAAGCAAAAGGAUUUAUUUCAAAAGCUGCUAUUAAAAUUAUGAAUGAAGCAUCAGUUAGAGAUUUAAAACAGAGAGUUAUUUAAAAAUUAAAACUCGAAGAAAAUGACAAGAUAAAGAUUGACACAAUAGCAUUCAGACCAAAUAUUGUAAUUGAUUCAUUUGAACCAUAUUCUGAAGAUGCUAUUUAAGAAGCAAGAAUUGGAAGUGUAAUGAUGAGAUUAGUAGGAUAUUGCAAUAGAAGCAAUUUACGUCCAGACUAAAUUGAUACCUUCGAUGAUUUCUCUUGUAAAAAAUCAAAAGAGACUCUUGCUUAGUACAGAAAGAAUGAGUAUGGCACAUUAUUUGGAACUUAUUAUCAAGCAGAAAUUAUUGAGUCAUAGUCAUUAUUCAACAAACUCUUUACAGGUUACCAUUAGCCAAAUUUUAGAAAAAAUUUAUAAUAAUAUGGAAUUAUUAAGACUUAUGAUGAAUUCAAGGUAAGAGUAAAGGGCAAGAAAUUAUUCUGA